AUGAAGAACAAUUGGGCCAAGGUUAGUAUGACACGUCCAUAUCAUGGUAUCAGACACGAACUGACUGUUAUUGAUGACAUUAUCCUUCGUGGAUCCCCUUUCUUGAUGCCAACGUCUCUCCGAGAACGAACUUUGAAACAAGUCCACGAAGGGCAUCAGGGCAUCGUGAAGACAAAACGACUGCUAAGAGAAAAAGUCUGGUGGCCUGGCAUUGACCAAGCCAUAGAACAGCUAAUUCGUACGUGCAUUGCAUGCCAAGCCCAAGGUCCAGUAUCCGCACCACCGCCCCUUCACAUGACGACUAUGCCAAGUCAGCCAUGGCAAACUCUACAUGCCAAUCUGUGUGGACCGUUUCCCAGUGGAGAAAGUCUUCUUGUCAUGGUAGAUACAUGCUCCCGUUGGCCAGAAGUACAUGUUAUGAAGAGUACUACGUCCACAGCUAUCAUAAAAUGCAUGAAGACCACAUUUGCAACCCACGGAAUCCCGCACGAAAUUGUUACUGACAAUGGACCACAAUUCACCUUCGCUGAGUUUAGUACAUACCUUUCCAAUUGUGGUAUUGUACACUGUAAAGUCACACCCUAUUGGCCCCAGGCAAACUCCGAAGUAGAACGUUUUAACCGAACUGUAGAAAAAGCAAUACGUGCAGCGAACGUUGAAGGGAAAAACUGGAAAGAAGAAUUUGAUGUUUUCGGUGAAACUACCUGCAGUUCUCCUUUUUGGCCGUAACAUUAGAAAUAAAAUACCCGUGCCAAAAACAUCGACACCAGCUGAUGACAUACCAGUAACAGUUCGUCAACAUGAUCGAGAAAGAAGAGAGAAAAUAAAGUCUUAUGCUGAUGACCACAAACGAGCUUCAUUGUCCGAGGGGGAAAAGGAAGAUGCGAUGCUUCUCCGUCAACCUCGGCAAACAAAAUUGUCGACAACCUAUGAUCCGAAGCCGUACAUUGUCGAAGAAAAGAAAGGGCCCAGUGUGCUACUGAAACGACCCUUUGAAAGACCGAUUAUGAGAAAUGAAAGUAUGAUCGAUACGUAA